AUGGAUUAUCAUGCGAUUCACGGUUAUGAUAGAGCAAGCUUUGACACGGCAAGCACACACCGACUACCAACAGUAUCAGCUUCACAGGCCCUUGACGACCUUGGAUGUGACGCGUCAACUCACGUUUCAACUGGACUUGAAGGUCUGGAUCGUUCACUCCUAGGUCCUGUAGCUUUUGACUCGCAAGAUGCCGUGGUUAAAGGCGGUGUUCAACGAGGCCAAGUGACAGAAAUCUGGGGACCACCGGGUUCCGGCAAAACAGCAUUAGGCUUACAGCUCACAGCGAAUGCGCUAUAUAAUGGUGAUGCAGUGGUCUGGAUAGAGAGGGGUGCAACACUCACAGCCGCAAUCAAUGCCAACGUAUGGGAACAAGGCGUUUCGACCAGACUUGUCACGUUUCGAGACUGGGUCUGGCAGGGAAAUAGUCUCACCAGCGUCUUCCUCGUAGGCCUGCAGAAAGUUGAUGGUAGAGUAUGUCAGGAGGCUGUGGAGAAUAUUGUCGCAUUUAGAGUGGAGUCGGACGGUACGACCCAGGUUCCCUAUGAAGCGUUACAGUCUUUCGAAUUAGCCCGGAAUAAGCGAAAGCUUGGAGAAACCGAACUCGAAGUGCCAGACAGCGAAGAUGACGAGGAUUACGGAUGGGCAGAUGAAGACGAAGCGGCCAUGCCGGCGCCGCCACCCCAGUGGCAAGGCAGCGAAGACCUCAUCUUAGGUCAAGACGUCGGGCAUAGCGAAGAAGAGAACAGCGAGCACGACGAGCCUGGCACCGACGAUGAAUCGAACACGAAAUGA